UGUUAUUAGUGUUUAUAACGUUAGAGACGACGUGCGACGACGAGCGCCGUGUAUCCGUAUUUAAAACGUUAAAUGCGAACGGAAAGUAUCUGCCUGAUAGGUAUUUGUUAAGUAUGUCAGGGGCGAUUUUGUUUUUUAAUCCGUUAUCGUUAUGAAUCCGUGACAGUCGGAUUUAUUUCUACUGUUUGUGGUCCGUUUGUGGUACUGUCAACUAAAAGCACCGGCUGAACUCAAUGCUAGCAAGAAAGGUUCCGGCAGUCUUCCUAUCAGGGCUUCAUUUGUUUCAUUCCAAGGGUCAAUAUAUUGCUUAUCUUCUACUGCAACUAGGGUGACCAGAUGAGACGGACAGGGGGGCGUGGCUACCGACAGCAGCAACAGCAGCCUCGGCGGUGUACAGAAGGCGGCACUCGAGACAAAAACCUAAAGAGACUGGGGUCUGUGGUCUGAAUUAUCUGAGGCGAGAGGUUCCCUGACCGCACUGUGCCAACUAGUUUUCACAGGAGGUCCCAACAACGCCCGGUGCCAUUGCGCGCUCUGCUGACGCAACCACGUCGCUGUGGCUCAAUGCGAUGGCGGACCGCAAUGUCCCCAGAUCUGCCCAGGGAGGGACGGAGCAAAGUCACUGAGCCACUCUCACCGGCUCCGUUAAAGUGCCGUCCGACCACCUGUUAAAGAGAGGCCGCUACAUUCCCGUCUCUCGUGUGAAAUAGUAUGUUGGACGGGAUCUGUUCGGAGUGCACUGACCGGGACGAGCUAGAAGUGGAGUGAAGAGGAGCGGAGUGCGCCGGGCUGACGCACCGCAUGUCGAGCCAGCAAGUUGACUGUAAUAACAAAAGUCGCGUCGACGGGGAAGGGGACAGCCGCUCUCGGAGGUUUGAGGGGACAGUUGUUUCGGCAAAAUGAAAUUCGCGGAGCAUCUUUCGUCCCACAUCACUCCAGAGUGGAGGAAACAAUAUCUUCAGUAUGAGGCAUUCAAGGAAAUGCUGUAUGCUGCCCAGGACCAAGCCCCGUCCAUAGAAGUCACAGAUGAAGACACAGUGAAGAGAUACUACGCUAAGUUCGAGGAAAGGUUUUUCCAGACCUGCGAGAAGGAGCUCCUGAAAAUCAACACAUUCUAUUCAGAAAAGCUUGCUGAAGCCCAGCGACGUUUUGCCACGCUGCAGAAUGAGCUGCAGUCUUCACUGGACGCCCAGCGCGAGAGCAACGCGCCACCUGGCCUGCGGAAACGCAAGACGAUGUUCCACCUGUCACAGGAGGAGCGCUGCAAACACCACAACAUCAAGGACCUGAAGCUAGCCUUCAGCGAGUUCUACCUCAGCCUCAUCCUGCUCCAGAACUACCAGAACCUGAACUUCACUGGUUUCCGUAAAAUCCUGAAGAAACAUGACAAGAUCCUGGAUACUUCUCGCGGGGCCGACUGGCGUGUGGCUCAUGUGGAGGUGGCACCAUUCUACACCUGCAAGAAGAUCACACAGCUCAUCUCCGAGACAGAGACGCUUGUCACCACAGAGCUGGAGGGAGGAGACCGUCAGAAAGCCAUGAAGAGGUUGAGAGUUCCUCCACUGGGGGCAGCUCAGCCUGCUUUGGCCUGGACAACCUUUCGUGUCGGUCUCUAUUGCGGCUUCUUUAUCAUUCUCGCCAUCUCCUUCGUUCUCACUGGUGCUGUGUUCAUCCGCUUCGAGAACGUGUGGCCACUGGUGCGGAUCUAUCGGGGCGGUUUCCUGUUGAUCCAGUUCCUCUUCUUGUUGGGCAUCAACACUUACGGAUGGAGACAAGCAGGAGUCAACCAUGUCCUCAUCUUUGAGAUCAAUCCCCGAAACAACCUCUCCCACCAGCACCUGUUUGAGAUUGCUGGUUUCCUGGGUGUGUUGUGGUGUCUCAGCAUCCUCUCCUGUCUCUACUCAGAGUACACCUACCUCCCCAUGCAGAUCAACCCGCUCAUUCUUUAUGGCUUCAUGGUGCUGUUCCUCAUCAACCCCUUCAAGACCUGCUACUACAAAUCACGUUUUUGGCUCCUCAAGCUGCUGUUUCGCGUGUUCACAGCGCCAUUUCACCGGGUGGAAUUCGCAGACUUCUGGCUGGCUGAUCAGCUCAACUCGCUGGUGUUUGUCCUGAUGGACCUGGAGUAUCUUAUCUGCUUCUACAUCUUUGAGCUGCAGUGGAGCAACAGCAAGGGCCUGCUGCCGAAUGUUCACGACCCUGGUAACUACAUAUGCCACAGCUACUCGUACGGUCUGCGUGCCAUCAUCCAGUGUCUGCCCGCCUGGUUCCGCUUUGUCCAAUGCCUGAGGCGUUACCGUGACACCAAGAGGGCCUUCCCUCACCUGGUGAAUGCUGGGAAAUAUUCCACCACCUUCUUUGUCGUCACCUUCGCUGCGCUCUACGCCACACACAGAG